CCAAUGUUGACGGCAGAAGCUGCGGGUGACUGAACGUCGAACGAGGCACCGGCCAGCAGACGAUGCCGCCUGGAUGUGUUGCAGAACUCAAUGCUGAUGACCCUUAGCUAAUUGGUUUCCUUGCCACCACUGAGCGGGGUUGCUCAGGGACUACAAGCUGUUGACGCCUGACAAGUAAAAUAAGCUACUGGAGAAAAUUUCAUCUAUCAUUUGCUACCUCAGUCAAGAAAGGUGGCUUCCUGACUAUUUGUCUCGUCUUCUUAUCACGACUUUGAUAUAGUGACUAUGCUUCGAACACUGCCUGGAUCAAGCAUGUGGAAAGGUUUACAGAGGAUGCUUGCACCAAAUGCUCUAAGCAUGAGGAAAUUUGACUUAUUUUGCACUAGAUCGAAAGAUCAACCACAAGAUAAUGAAGUAUCCAUACCUAUACAAGAGCCAAGAAUAUCCAGUAGCAGUGACAAAAAUGUACAUUCUAAUGAUAGUGGACAUGAUAAAGAUGGUAGAACGACUUAUAUUGAGGAAGAGGUUGCUAAAUUUCGCUCAAUGGCUGAUUCUUGGUGGGAUCCACUUGGGGAUUGUAAACCUCUACAUUCUCUUAACAAGUUAAGAGUACCACUUGUUCGAGAAGGCUUGAUAAAUAGCCAGAUGACCAGACAAGAGCAUACUAGUGGAACCAGACCACUUACAGGACUUAAGAUACUUGACGUUGGUUGUGGCGGAGGAAUUCUGUGUGAGCCUCUUGCAAGGUUGGGAGCAACAGUGACAGGUUUGGAUGCAGCCCAUGAGAGCACAACUGUAGCUAGGUUACAUGCAGAUCAGGAUUCCAGAGUAAAGCAGAAUGUUGAAUACAUACAUGGAACAAUAGAACAACAUAUACAGGAAAUUGAUUGCAAAUAUGAUGCAGUUGUGGCCUCUGAAGUCCUGGAACAUGUGGAUGAUACAGAAUUAUUCAUUUGCACAUGUGCUGAUGCCAUUAGACCAGGAGGAUCACUGUUUUUAACAACUAUCAACAAAACUACAUGUUCUUGGCUGGGAGCCAUUGUCAUUGCAGAGCACAUGCUACACCUCCUCCCUCCUGGAACACAUGACUGGAACAAGUUCAUCCCUCAGCAGGAGCUCCUUUUUCUCCUUGAAAGAAAUGGAUUUGUAACCAGAACUGUUCAUGGGAUGAGAUACAAUCCUUUGAUCAAUGAGUGGUUCUGGCAAUCAAACAUAUCAAUAAACUAUGCAGUACAUGCUAUAAAAGAACAUAGCACUGGGUAGUUUUGGAAAGUCAUUGUAGAAUUGAUGUAAGUAAAAUAAUACAUUGUUAUCAAGU